GGCGGCGGCGGGAGGACGAUGGUGCUGCUGCACGUGCUGUUCGAACAUGCGUCCGGGUACGCGGUGUUCGCCGUGCGAGAGGUGGAGGAGAUCGGCCUGCAGCUGCCGCAGGUGGAGGAGAGCGUCCUCACGCUCGGCAAGUUCCUCAACAUGGUGAAGCUCGUGGCGUUCUCGCCGUUCCGCUCGGCGCAGAGCGCGCUGGAGAACAUGAACGCCGUGUCCGAGGGAGUCCUGCACGAGGACCUGCGGCUGCUGCUGGACACGGCGCUGCCCCCCAAGAGGAAGAAGGUGGUGCUGGGGGUGGGCGAUGCCAAGAUGGGCGCGGCCGUGCUGGAGGAGCUGGGGGUGCAGUGCCAGACCGGGGGCGUCGUGGCCGAGCUCAUGCGCGGGAUCCGGCUGCACUUCCCGGCGCUGGUCCGGGGCCUCACGGCGCAGUCGGCGGCCAAGGCCCAGCUGGGGCUCGGCCACAGCUACUCCCGGGCCAAGGUGAAAUUCAACGUGCACCGGGUGGACAACAUGAUCAUCCAGUCCAUCAGCCUGCUGGACCAGCUGGACAAGGACAUCAACACCUUCUCCAUGCGUGUCCGGGAGUGGUACGGCUACCACUUCCCCGAGCUGAUCAAAAUCGUCCCCGAGAACGCCAUGUACUGCCGGGUGGCCAAAUUCAUCGGGAACCGCCGGGAGCUGAGCGAGGAGAGCCUGGAAGGGCUGGAGGAGAUCGUCAUGGACAGCGCCAAGGCCCAGGCCAUCCUGGAGGCCUCGCGCUCCUCCAUGGGGAUGGACAUCUCCCCCCUGGACCUCAUCAACAUCGAGAGCUUUUCCCGCCGCGUCAUCUCGCUGUCCGACUACCGCAAGGGGCUGCAGGAGUACCUGCGCUCCAAGAUGAGCCAGGUGGCCCCCAGCCUGUCAGCCCUCAUCGGGGAGGUGGUGGGUGCCCGCCUCAUCUCGCACGCUGGCAGCCUGACCAACCUGGCCAAGUACCCGGCGUCGACGGUGCAGAUCCUGGGUGCCGAGAAGGCGCUCUUCAGGGCGCUGAAGACGCGGGGGAACACCCCCAAGUACGGCCUCAUCUUCCACUCCACCUUCAUCGGGCGCGCGGCCGCCAAGAACAAGGGGCGGAUCUCGCGCUACCUGGCCAACAAAUGCACCAUUGCCUCACGCAUCGACUGCUUCUCAGAGGUCCCCACCAGUGUCUUUGGGGACAAGCUGCGGGAGCAGGUGGAGGAGCGCUUGGCCUUCUACGAGACCGGGGAGCCGCCCCGCAAGAACCUGGAGGUGAUGAAGGAGGCCGUGGUGGAGGCCAACGAGGUGGUGGCUGAGGUGAAGAGGAGGCAGGAGAAGAAGGAGAAGAAGAGGAAGAAGAGGGAGAAGCGGCGGCUGGAGGCCCUGGCAGCGGCUGCUGAGGAGCAGGAAGAAAACUCAGUGAUGGAGACAGAGGAGAAUGACGUGGGGGCCAAGAAGAAGAAGAAAAAGAAGAAGCAGCAGCAGCCAGAGGAGUCAGAAGCAGAGCCCGAGGAGAAUGGGGUGGAGGAAGAAGAGGAGGAGGAGGAGGAGCCAUUGCCCAAGAAGAAAAGGAAAGUCAUGGGGGUGGCCAGGCUGUCCCCACAAAGGGUCACCCUGUCACCAGCAGCCUGCCCGGGCCGAGGGACACGACACAGUCACGCCUGA